GCCCGGAGCUCCGGGCACGCGCGUACGCGCAGGUACAUUUCCACCCCCGCGCUGUGCCCCCCCCAGCCCCCCCGUGCCACGUGGGGCGGGGCCGGUGCGUGAAGAUGGCAGCGCUGAGCAGCGAGCCGCUGGGGCUGGAGCGGGAUGUGGCGCGCGCCGUGGAGCUGCUGGAGCGGUUGCAGCGAAGUGGGGAACUGCCCCCCCACAAACUGCAGGCUUUGCAGCGGGUUCUGCAGAGCAAGUUCUGCUCAGCCAUCCGCGAGGUCUAUGAGCAGCUCUAUGACACUCUGGAGAUCGCGGGCAGCGCCGAGAUCCGGGCCCAUGCCACGGCCAAGGCCACGGUGGCGGCGUUCGCGGCGAGUGAGGGCCAUGCCCACCCCCGGGUGGUGGAGCUGCCCAAGACGGACGAGGGGCUCGGCUUUAAUAUCAUGGGGGGCAAGGAGCAGAACUCGCCCAUCUACAUCUCCCGCGUCAUCCCCGGCGGUGUCGCCGACCGGCACGGCGGCCUCAAACGGGGAGACCAGCUGCUGUCCGUCAACGGCGUGAGCGUGGAAGGGGAGCAGCACGAGAAGGCCGUGGAGCUGCUGAAGGCGGCCCAGGGAACGGUGAAGCUGGUCGUUCGCUACACGCCCAAGGUGCUGGAGGAGAUGGAGGCCCGGUUUGAGAAGAUGCGCACGGCCCGCCGGCGCCAGCAGCACCACAGCUACUCGUCUCUGGAGUCGCGGGGAUAGCACCCAUCUCGUGCUCAUGCUGUGCUGGGCCUGGGAGGCCAGGAGCCCCCCAGGCCCAGUCCCACAAAGAUUCCUUCCCCUCCCCCCCAGUUUUCGUGUGUAGCUGGGUCUAUUUAUCCGGCCUGCGCCGGCCCCGCCGUGAACCGUAUUUAUUCCCUUAUUUAAAUCUGACCCCUGUGCGUGAGCCGGUGUGAAUCCGCCCGCCGGCCACACUCCGGGGAACAACUCCCAAGCUGUGAGAGUCGGAGGGGGUGUGUGAGGGGGAUCCUGGCUUACGGGCAGAGAAGGGGGAGGGGCUCCUGGAGAAAUUCACUUCCCCCAAACCACUCACCUUACAGGAUUCUCCUUCACUUCCUGUCCCAAAUUCCUGUGCAUCUUUGCCUGUGCGCUCCACCCCAGAGGGGCUGCAUCCCAGUGCUGGUUGAGGGAGUCCCUGUAUACCCAGCCCCAGUGCCCUACCCCAGAGGGGCCGCAUCCCAGCGCCAGGCAAGGGGUCCUCGUAUACCCAGCCCCCAUGCCCCGCCCCAGAGCCAGCCGCAUCCCAGUGCUGGGCGAGGGGUCCCUGUGUACCCAGCCCCCACGCUCCACCCCAGAGGGGCUGCAUCCCAGCAUGUUGAUGAUGCAGUUUAGAGAGUGGCCAACAGGUGGCGGCUUUGCUGCUUGACUGUGGGGGCGGGAGAGACACUUGGGGGACACUGGGCUUCAGGGAGUGUUGGGCAUUGGUGCCCCUCACUCUCGACCUGCAGCCCCCUCCUAGCCCAGCCCUGAGCUCCUCGCCCCCCCCACCAAGUUCUGCCUGUGCCCCUCCCAAGCCGCAGCAUCAUUUCUAGUCCCUAGGAACCCCCCAGAUCUCCCUUGCCCUGUCCUUUCCAAAGCAGGGGGAACAGAGGCUGGGGCCUGGGCUCCCCUCCCAGAUCAGGAGGGGGUGCGGGAAAUGAGCUUGGGAAUCAGGGACACACCCGUCCCCCUGGAGUGAGUCACCCCCUCGAGUCAGUUUUUCUGGUUUGGCUGCUGGGUCUGCCAGGGAAAGAUGGGGGUGAAAUUCCCAGAGAGGGAGUCAGAGGGUGGGGCUGUGCGGCAGGACUCCUGGGUUCUCUCCCUGGCUCUGGGGGGGGUGGGGUUGGUGGGUGACUCCUACUCUCGGCCCCUGCUGUCCGUCUCCCCCGUACCCCUCUCCCCCGGGAACGUUCGUGCCCUGUGCCACGGCUCCUGAUUGUGCUGGGGGAAAGGGGUUCUUGACUGUGAAUAAACCGAUGGGAGUGAGUCUGUGA